UCAAUUUAAUCAAAUUAGAUGCAUCAAUGAACUAUUUCUUCUGCUGGAGUUCACUGACUUUCCUCAGAGAGAAGCGAGAAUCAGGGAUGCAGCAAUUGAAGUGCAACAAAUUCUCGAGCUUCUCAUUUCGAAGCAGAGCCGAUCGCGAUUCGGAUUGAACAAGUAUAACCGCUUUCUCGCCAAAUUCUGGCGCAGUGCUAGGUUUCAGCACCAGAUUGAGAGAAUAAGAGAAUUAAUUGAUGCAAUCGCAAGGGAGAUGAUAGAGUUGGAGAAGGAUAGUGAAGAUCAAUUGCAGCUCAGUGACUCUCCUUCAGCAAUUGAAGUCAGUGACUCCUGCAGAUUCUCUUGCAGUAAACUCGUCGGCGUCGGCAUCGGCUUCAGCAGUGUUGAUGAAUAGCCUUGAAAUCGAAGAUGAAAUGCAACUCGGUGAUUUUCCUGCUGCUAACUCGUCGUCUUUAAUGGCAGUCGCUAGCAGGAUCGGUGAUGUGGUUGGAUUGGAAGAUGAUACGCUAGCAAUAAAGACUCGGCUUUGUGGAGAAUCCCCAAAACUACAAGUCAUUCCAAUAGUUGGAAUGAGAGAGAAAUCUGGACAGAGGGAUGAAGAAACUGUGUACAAGAGUUUAAAGGGUAGAAGAUAUCUUAUUGUUAUGGAUGAUAUGUGGAGCACGGAGCCUUGGGAUGAUGUGAGAGAUGUGUUUCCUGUUGAUCAUAAUGGAAGUCGGAUCAUAUUAACCACAAGGCUGUUGGAUGUGGCUACUUAUGUUUCUAGAGUUAGCCCACUUCAAGAGAUGCGCUUCAUGGAUAUUGAACAGAGUUGGGAAUUGCUUAUGCAGAGGGUGUUUGGCGAUGAAGAUUGCUCUCCUGAAUUGGAGAGCAUUGGAUUGAAGAUUGCAAGAAGUUGCGGAGGACUGCCACUUGCAGUUUCUGUGAUUGGAGGACUCUUAUCCAUGGUUGAAAGGAAUCCGGUUUCAUGGUUGGAAAUCGCAGAUAAUGUGGGUUAGGUUUUUGUCAAGGAAGAUGGCCCUAUUGAUGAGAUACUAUCUUUGAGCUAUGCUCACUUGCCUCAUCACUUGAGGGAUUGUUUCUUGUAUAUGGGAGGUUUUCCGGAAGAUCAUAAGAUUCGUCUCUCAAAAUUGGUUAGAUUAUGGGUAGCUGAGGGUUUUGGAAGAUGAGGCUGAAGAGUGUUUGGAGGAUCUUGCCAGUAGAAGCCUUGUUUUGGUUAUAGAGAGAGAGUAUAAUGGCAGAAUCAAAAGAUGUAGUCUCCAUGAUCUAGUCCGGGACUUGUGCAUAAGAAAAGCCAAAGAGAAAAACUUUUUUGUAAAUAUUAUGGAUGGAUAUGUUGAAAAGAAGCAUUUCUUAGACAGCAUAAAA